AUGGCUGAACUCAAGGUAGAGACCCGGGCCAGUGUGGACUGGCAGAAACGCUGCCUGGCCCUGGAAACCCAGCUUUUCCGGUUCCGCCUACAGGCCAGCAAGAUAAGGGAGCUUCUGGCUGACAAGAUGCAAGAGCUGGAGCAGAGGCUGUUGGAGGCGGAGCAGAGAGCAGAGAAUGCGGAGACCCAGGUGGGUGUGAUGGAAGAGAAGAUAAAACUGUCCAAUCUGAAGAAUAUGGACCCAGCAGGUAGCCUGCCCCAGAAGUACCAAGAAUUGCUGAAAGCCAUGCAGGGCAAAGAUGAGCUCAUCAGCCAGCUGGAGGCCCAGCUGGAGAAGCAGAAGCAGAUGAGAGCUGAGGAAGCAAAAAUUGUUCAAGAAAAGGCUGUGAAGAUCAAGGAAUGGGUGACACUAAAGUUAGCAGAGCUUGAGAUGGAGAAUCAGCACCUGAAAAGCUGUAAUCAGCACCUAGUGGAGCAGGUGGGGGCCCUUCAAGAUGCACUGGAAGCUGUUCAGAUGGCACCUUCGGGGAAGUUGCUGGUGGCCCCUCAGGAAACCCCAGAACAGGAUACUGUCACUUCAGGGUCUGGAACCCAGCCGAUGAGGCAGGACAGUGGUCCCCAGGCUGAGGGUUCCCUGAAGGUGGCUGUGCCUGCACCUUCUCCAGGUGCCCUACAGAACAAGGACUGUGUUCCUGAAGCUGGAAGCCCCUUGGAUGACUCUGGUUCCAGCCUGGUCCACUCUGGGGAAAGAACAGAGGCUAAGAUUCCUCAGGCUCAUCUGGGAAGAGAGGGCUCUCCCAGCCAGCUGUGCAUGAAUGCUUGCACCCCCAAAUGUGGUUCCACUUCCUGGGGUGAGGGCCCAGUCCGUGCUCAGGGAGGGAUACUCCCUGGGACAAAGAUCUCCACUAGGGAAGGAGGCCCUGGCAACAGCCUGACCCUUCCAAAGGCACGGGCUCCUGGCACCCCCCGGGACAGCAUCCAUUUGGCCAAGCGGCACCACAGCCAGCCCCAGGUAGGCCCUGGACACUUUGACCAUGUGGUGAGCAUUGAGAUUGGGGGCCUCUCGGCCAUCCACCCCCACCGCCUCCUUGAGGUGAAGACUGGAGCUGAGCUCUGGGAGCAACCAGAGAAGAUGGAGAUGGAGGAGCCACCCCCAGAAGGGAAGAAGGAGGGACGAAAGAACCGGAAGAUCCCAGGAGCUGACCUGGGGGAGGUGGAGCUAGGGAACAAACCACCCACACCGCCUCUGCACCGGUUUCCAUCCUGGGAGAGCCGGAUCUACGCUGUGGCCUCUUCGGGCAUGCAGCUCUCGGACGCGGCUCCCAGAAGUAACACUACCAGCUGUGCUUCAGGCCCUCCUGCCCUUGCAUCCCCUGGGCCUUUCUCUGGCUUUGUCUACAAGAAUGUCACCGUGCCUGUCUUCACAACCCUGAAGGGGAGAGCCAUGCAGAUCAGCAGCAUGCCCUUUGUGGAUGAGUCCUCUGGGUCCGACGAUGAUUGCAGCUCUCAGGCCAGUUUCCGAACUUCGGUCUCCUGCUCUGAGUCCAGGAAGACCAGCGGACUGGGCAGCCCCCGGGCCAUCAAGAGAGGUGUCUCCAUGUCCUCACUGAGCUCUGAGGGUGACUAUGCCAUCCCCCCGGAUGCCUGCUCGCUGGACAGUGACUACUCAGAGCCUGAGCACAAACUACAGCGCACCUCAUCCUACUCCACCGAUGGGCUGGGCCUAGGCGGGGAAUCACUGGAGAAGUCGGGCUACCUGCUAAAAAUGGGGAGCCGGGUGAAGACAUGGAAGAGGCGCUGGUUUGUCCUGAGACAAGGACAGAUUACGUACUACAAAUCCCCGAGUGAUGUCAUCCGGAAACCUCAAGGUCAAGUAGAACUGAACUCCCGAUGCCAAAUUGUUCGAGGGGAAGGUGCACAGACAUUCCAGCUCAUCUCUGAGAAGAAAACCUACUACCUGACAGCUGAUUCACCCACCCUGCUGGAGGAGUGGAUCCGAGUACUGCAAAACCUGCUGAAAGUCCAGGCCAUUGGGCCUCCAGCCCUGCCUCACGGUGGCACCAAGCCCACUGUGAAGGGCUGGCUGACCAAGGUAAAGCAUGGUCACUCCAAGCUAGUCUGGUGUGCUCUUGUUGGAAAAACCUUCUACUACUAUCGGAGCCAUGAGGACAAGCGACCCCUUGGACAUCUGCCCAUGAGGGAUGCACGCAUAGAGGAAGUAGAUCGAUCCUGUGACUCAGACGAGGACUAUGAGGCUGGAGGAACUGGGCGGUUGCUUUCCUCCCACUGCACCUUGGUGAUCCACCCCCCAGAGCACAGCCCCACCUACCUCCUCAUUGGCACCAAGCGUGAAAAGGACACGUGGCUUUACCACCUCACAGUGGCUGCAGGUGGUAGCAGUGCCAAGGUGGGCACUACCUAUGAGCAGCUCAUUGGAAAACUGAUGGAUGGUGAAGGAGAUCCAGAUUCUCCUCUCUGGAGACACCCCAUGCUGUGCUACAGCAAAGAUGGGCUGUACACCUCCCUCACCACCUUGCCCUCAGAGGCCCUGCAGACGGAGGCCCUCAAGCUCUUCAAGUCCUGCCAGCUCUUCAUCAACGUGCCUGUGGAAGCUGCCUCAGUAGACUACCAUGUGUCCCUGGCCCAGACGGCACUGCAGGUGUGCCUGGUUCACCCUGAGCUGCAGAGUGAGGUCUACUGCCAACUCAUGAAGCAGAUUAGCUGUCGCCCACCUCAGAAGUACUCCCUUAUGCAGUGCUGGCAGCUCCUGGCUCUGUGUGCCCCACUCUUCCUGCCUCAGCAUCACUUCCUCUGGUACAUCAAACAGCAGCUCCAACGCCAUGCAGACCCCAGAAAUGAGACUGGCCAGUAUGCCACCUAUUGCCAGCGGGCAGUGGAGCGCACUCUGCAGACUGGGGAGCGGGAAGCCAGGCCAUCUCGCAUGGAAGUUGUGUCCAUCUUGCUGCGUAACCCCUUCCACCACUCCUUGCCCUUCAGCAUCCCUGUGCACUUUGCCAAUGGAACUUACCAGGUGGUUGGUUUUGAUGGCUCCUCCACAGUUGAUGAGUUCCUCCAGCGGCUGAAUCAGGAGACAGGCAUGAGAAAGUCUUCCCAUUCUGGUUUUUCCCUCUUCACGGAUGAUCCUUCUGGCAGGGACCUGGAACACUGCCUCCAGGGGAGUGUCAAGAUCUGCGAUGCCAUCUCCAAGUGGGAACAAGCCCUGAAGGAGCUGCAUCCUGGGAAGUCUGAGGGUGGCACACGCAUCGUGAAGCUGAUGUACAAGAACAGGCUGUACUUUCGGAGUCAAGUCAAAGGGGAGACCGAGCGAGAGCGGCUGCUGCUUGCCUUCCAGACUAGUGGAGAGAUAGUGGCAGGGAGGUUUCCUGUCAACAAGGAACUGGCUCUUGAGAUGGCUGCCCUUAUGGCCCAGGUAGAAUAUGGAGACUUGGAGAAGCCUAUCCUGCCAGGCCCUGGGGGCACACCUCCUGCCAAGGCUCAGCAUCUCCUCCAGCAGGUCCUAGACAGGUUCUUCCCAAGGCGCUACAGACAUGGGGCCCCACCUGAACAGCUGAGGCACCUGGCAGAUAUGUUGACCACAAAGUGGGGAGCACUGCAAGGCUGCUCCCCUCCUGAAUGCAUCCGCAUCUACUUGACCGUGGCCCGGAAGUGGCCCUUCUUUGGUGCUAAGCUCUUUACUGCUCAGCCUACCCAGCUGUCUUCCAAGGAGAAUACUCUGGUGUGGAUUGCUGUGAAUGAGGAUGGUGUCAGCAUCCUAGACCACAACACUAUGCAAGUGCAUGUCACUUACCCCUACUCUUCAGUGACUACCUUUGGUGGCUGCCGGGAUGACUUCAUGCUUGUGAUUAGAUCCAUUCCAGACCAGAAUUCUGGAAAAGGCCAUGUUGAGAAGUUGAUCUUCCGGAUGGCUGCUCCCAAGAUUGCAGAGGCUACUCUCAUCAUGGCCAGCUACAUGAACCAUUGCUCUGCAACUGUGAACCCACCAACCAACCCGCCUGCUUCCCACCAGCCUUGGGAACUGGAUGGACAACAGUUCUUUGCUUCUCUUCCACGUGCUACCAAGGGGCCAACGUUACUGUGA